AUGGCCAAGCCUGGUGAAAACAUCAAGCUGGCGGGGGAGGCCAGUCCCUGCAGCGGGUUCCCUCGGCUGAAGCACGAAGGGGUCUGGAAACUGGCCAUGAUCCAGAACUACGAGUGGAGCCUGAAGGCGUCGGACUUCGUCUGCCGCCUGCUGGGCUGUGGCUCCUCGGGUUCGGCCAUUUUUUCCCCGCUGGGAGUCAGAGCGCCCGCCUGGUGGAUCAGCUCGGCCUGCUUCCACAACAAACCGGCGUUCAGGGACUGCGUGACCCACAUGGACGCUCUGAGCGCCUCCACCGUGAAAAUCAGCUGCUCAGACUCGGUCAGGCUGGUGAACGGGGCCGACCGGUGCUCAGGCCGGCUGGAGGUGAGGUCAGAGCAGUCCUGGUCCUCUGUGUGUGCGAAGGACUUCGACCAGCGGGACGCAGAGGUGGUCUGCAGGGAGGUCGGCUGUGCUCCUCCUCUGGCCCUGGAGGGGGCGCCUUAUGGGGAGGUGGGGGCCCCCAUGGGGGCCACAGAGUCCCACUGUGAGGGGCAAGAGUCCGGCCUCCGGGAUUGUAGGAGGUCAGCCCUGGAGAGGAGCAUCUGCCCGGCGGGAGAGGCUGCAGCACUCACCUGCUCAGAUGGUCUCCGGCUGGGGGGCGGGACCAGCCGCUGCCAGGGCGUGUUGGAGAUGGAGAACCGGGGACAGUGGCGGCCGGUGGCCGACCUGGACUUUGUGUGGGACCAGAGCUGGACCGCCACCGUGUGCGGGAGGCUGGGCUGCGGCGUUGCCGUGGUAACGGUCGUGACGGACGACGCCGACGUGAGGCCGGUGUGGUGGGUGAAGGGGGGGUGCGUGCGGCCGGACGCCGGCCUGAGGGAGUGCCUGACCAUCUGCUGA